AUGGGCUACGAAGCAACGUAUGUCGAGGAGACUGACCGUAUCGUCAUCAAGGAUGGUGAUAAGGCUAUCAGAGAUGAUCCAGCGGUCGAAUAUCAAGCACUAAAAGAUAACCUGACACUAUGGAUCGGGGGCCAUCCGGACAAGAAGCCCCCAACAGAUCCUAAAGUCAUUCGAGAAUUAAGACCAACAAGGGGUGGUAAAACCGAGUAACUAGUCCCUUCCAACUAUACACUUCAUUUCUGACUUAGAAUAAAAGGCUACAUGCUUUUAGAGACUUCAAGGACGAUCCCAGCGAGACAUAUGACGAAGCGCACUACAAGACCGCUGGAAAUGGAACUGUCGAGGAUCUCAAAAAGAAACUCAAAGUUGCACAAGACCAAUGGAACCAAACCGACAGCUCGGAGAAGCUUAUCAAGCAACUUGAGAAGAUGAAAAAGAAGGUCAAAAUUACAAACGUGAUGCUUCUAGGUUCUGGCACUAUGGAGGCUAAGCGGCCACAUCCCGAAGACCUCGACAAAUAUCAAAAUGUCAGCGAGUGGAAGUCUGAACUGCAGUUGGCAGCUGCCUUUGAAAAUUUGCGAGGUUCUAGGAGGAAAGUCGUUCCCCAUCUCUUCUGAUAUGUUUUCAGCGUCCUAACAUUUAAUUCCAGAUGCGGGAAACCCCCUUCCACUUACCGCUCAAGAAAUAGACUACUCUAGCCUUGAGAGAGAGUUUUUGGAGGGCCAAAAUAUAAAAGUUGUGACAGAUCCCGAUGCCUUUGGUUUGAUCAACGACGGAACUCUGGUGUUCUUCACGGACAUCCACCACGGUAUCAGCUAUUGGAUUAGCCAAGGGCAACUGCCUGCUGCAAUGCUUGCUAGCUUUCCUACGCAACUAUCUUUAGGAGAGCUUACGGAACAAAUCCAGACUGAAAUCUGGGAAUUCUGGGAGAGAUAUGAUUGGCAUCAUAUUGGCGGCCCAAGCAGACGUCAUAGAAUGCGUGCUCCUAGCUCUGAUGCAUGGGGAAAUAUGGACUUCCUCUGGACUCGGAAGUUAGAAGCCAGUCAAGUCUGGUGGGGUCCAAUAAUGGCGGUUAUGGUUGUGUAUUCUGCUUUUAAGUUUCUCAGUGGUUAUUAA